GAAAAAAAAAGAAAAUUUUUACAGGGUUCAUCGCUUAGUUUUACCUUAAAAACUUGUACAUUACUCAGUACAAUUGUUUUACUUGCGCUUGUAAUUAAAUUUCAUGUUCAUGAAGUGCAGUUGUUUAUGAAUGCAAAUAGUGCUGACGAUUGGAGGAUCGCAUUUACAUGUCAUCGAAUUCUUCAAAUUGCUAUCGAAUUAGCUAUUUGUUCAAUUUGCCCUUUACCCUUCAACAUAAAUUUUUCAUGGACUACUUUGAAUAUUGAUGGAAUUUCAACCAAUACAAUACCUCUUGAUGCACUCUUAUCAAUUCCAAUGUUUUUUCGCCUAUACUGGCUCUGUAGGGUUAUGCUUCUUCAUAGCAGGUUAUUCACUGAUGCUUCUUCACGAAGUAUCGCUGGUCUUAAUCGGGUGAAUUUUAAUGCACGAUUUAUAGUAAAAACAUUGAUGACAUUAUGCCCUGGUACAAUGUUGCUAAUUUUCACUGCUUCAUUAUGGGUGAUUGCAGGUUGGAUUCUAAGAUUAUGUGAGAGAUAUCAUACUGGUGAUCCAAUAAAUCUCCAUGCACAAAAACAUCAGAAUUAUCUAAAUUCGUUAUGGCUAAUUGCAAUAACAUUUCUAUCUGUCGGUUACGGUAAAUUUUCUUCGCAAAGAAAGGCAAAUAAAAGAGGAACAUGCACUUCUUCAAUGGUCGUUGCUGUUAUAGCUCGCAAGCUUGAGCUUUCAAGAGCCGAAAAACAUGUGCAUAAUUUUAUGUUAGAUACACAAUUAACUAAACAGUUAAAACAUAGUGCAGCGAAUGUUUUAAGAGAAACUUGGCUUCUUUAUAAAAAUCGGUGUUUAGUUGAUAAGAUUGAUGCAGCUAAAGUUCGACUUCAUCAGCGUAAAUUUCUUGUCGCAAUUUAUGCAUUACGCCGAGUAAAACGAGACCAACGAAAGCUGGCAGAAAAUUUGGUAUCGUUAGGCGAUGUUGCAAAGACGACAUCGAAUGCUUAUGAAUUAUUACACGAUGUUCAUUCGACUCAAGAAAGUCUAUCGCUACGAAUGACAGCCGUUGAGCAUCAAUUAUCGGACAUAUGCCGAGAAUUGAUGGCCUUAUCAAGUUUACUAAAAUUGAACGGAAAAGAUGAUAGUAAUGAAUGCGUUUCCAGGAAGAAUACUACGGAAUCUGUGCGUAAAAGGCGAAAUUUAUUUUAA